CAUGCUUCUGCUCUUUUCAAUUUUAUUCACAAUUAUGCAUGCAUUGGGUCAGUGUCCUCCCGAUCAAAAGUCUGUGCUUCUCCAGAUACGAACUCAAAUCACUUACAAUUCUUCGGAAUCCACCAAGUUGGUGCUGUGGGAUGAAGGAGCUGACUGCUGCCGAUGGCCAGGUCUGAGUUGCAAUGCUGCUACUGGAUUUAUUACUACUCUAAAUUGAGGUGGUUAGAUCUUUCCAACAACACUAUUAGUGGAGAAAUUCCUAACUGGAUAUGGGGAAUUGGUAAUGGGCAACUCAUUGGCCUCAAUCUUUCUCACAAUCGUUUGACGCAUAUGAAAGAGCCAAUGGAAUACGGUUCUCUUACUUUCCUUGAUCUAAAUUCUAAUAUGCUAAGUGGACAGAUUCCACGACCACCACCUGAGGCACAGUAUUUAGACUUCUCCAACAACAAUUUCUCCAUGAUUCCUCUUGAUAUUGCUGAUCAAAUCCCAUAUCGCCUUUAUUUCUUUUCCAUUGCAAAAAAUAGAGUAAGUGGAAAGAUCUCAACUUCCUGGUGUCGAGCAGCCUAUCUGGAAGUGCUUGACUUGUCCCACAAUGCUUUGCAUGGCACAAUACCAUCAUGUCUGCUUCAAAAUAACAGCAAUCUCGCUGUAGUGAAUCUUAGAGGAAAUCAUUUAAGUGGUGAGAUAUCACUGAAGUUUCAACAGAGUUGUUCUUUAGACGCAUUGGAUCUUAGUCAAAAUCUCUUAGAAGGGAAAGUUCCUCCCUCCUUGAUCAACUGCACAGAGCUUAGGAUCUUAAAUCUUGGAAACAACAAAAUAAGUGAUACCUUUCCUUGUUGGCUCAAUAAAUUGUCAAAUCUGCAAAUUCUUGUAUUGCAUUCCAAUCAUUUUCAUGGAAGCGUUUCUUGUCCCAUGCUUGGGGUAAACAACAGCUGGCCAAGUUUACAAGUCAUUGACCUAUCUUCCAAUAAUUUCAGUGGACAUAUACCAACUGAUUUAUUCUUGGCAUUAAAAGCUAUUUUGGUUGAGAGGAAUGAAUUAAACUCAAAGGCUGACAACUUGUAUUUCACAUCAUUUCUAGAAGUUUGGAUUUACUAUCAAGAUUCAGUCAUACUGUCUAUAAAAGGACAAAGAUACACUAUAGAGAAGGUUCUAUCUACCUUCACUUCUAUUGAUUUUUCAAGUAAUCAAUUUGAAGGCAGUAUACCAGAGAGUGUUGGAGAGCUUAAACAGCUUUAUCUCCUUAACAUCUCUCACAAUGCCCUAACUGGCAAUAUUCCUCCAUCUCUUCAAAACUUGAAAGCUUUGGAAGCACUAGACCUUUCAUUCAACAACCUAUCAGGAAAUAUCCCGGUGCAACUAGAGAUCCUAACCUUCCUGGAAGUCUUAAACUUGUCAUACAACCAUCUCGUUGGAAGGAUUCCAAGAAGCACUCAAUUGGAUACCUUUGAUGCAAGCUCAUUCAUGGGAAACAAGGGGCUAUGUGGAUUCCAAAUUAAUGUAUCUUGCAUUGGCAUUGAUGAACCAGCAUCCCCAAUACCAGAAUCAGAAGAGAAAGAAUCAACUCACCACGUUGAUAUCUACAUUAGCGCUGCAUUUGGAUUUGCUGCAGGUCUAGGAGGAAUCUUUGUGCCACUUUUGCUAUCCAGCAAAUGGAGAUCAUAUUAUAACAAGAUGAUAGAUGGAAUUCUAUCAAAGAUAUUCUUUCAGAGAGGUCAAGGGAGAAGAAAGAAGUCUCGUUAGCACUUCUUUUCAAUCAACAAUUUUGGUGCUUAUAUUCUUCUCGUGAA